CAACGAUCCUUUUCUCAUUCAAGGAACAAAAUGUAAUUUGCUGUAGCUCUGGUUUCUUGGAUGGGAAUACUAUCCUUAGAUUUCAAAAGGAAGAACUAGAUGUGGUUUGUACACACAUUGAUUAAGUUGAAGAGCGGCGAUUACAUCUGUGCUGAUAGCAACAGUAGUCUGGGGGUGGCUUUUCAAAUCUCAAACCUACUGAGUUACAGACUCUCCUAAAUAGACUUCCUUAAUUUCCGGAUGCACUUCUGUAAAUUCCCACUUCUCGCCAAAAUUCCUGCGAAAUUGGGAGGUUGUGUGCAUUCUACUUUGUAAUGCAAAACUACCGAAAUUUAUUUUUUAAGCGAUCCUUUUAUUUAUUUCAGCUAUAUCUGAUGGUGUAAUACGAGCUCCAUUCACCAUAUUGCCAAUUUAUAGAGUGGAUAAUGGAACUUUUGAAUUAGAAAGAAAAAAUUAGUCCUAGAAAUAUGAGAUGUUUUCUUAAUCACACGGAUGUGUCUAAUUUUGGAUAUGCACUAAACUACUGCUAUAUAUAAGUGCUUGUGUUAUAUCCAGUUUUCAGUUGCAAACUGCUUAUGGGCGGAUAGUUAUUUUUGCAGCUUUUGACAUGCAGACCGCAAACAUCAUUUUAACGCACGAAGGAAGAGGUUUGCUAACAUUGCAACAUGUUCGAAAUCAUGUGUGCCUGACACUGAAGUAUUUUAACGUCACUGCGAAGAGUUACACCUUCAUACUGCUUCUUCAAAAUGAUUUUUAAAAGGGUGGGUAUAAAUGGAACAUCUAAAGUCUGCAGAAGGUCUACUCCAAACUGAACGUGCUGCAAACCAGAAGUGUCCUGGACCAUUGCAGUAUUCUAUAUCGUGUGCCAGCACUUUUCUGUUGUUACGUAAAGCCUCUGGAAGCACCUUGGAUAUUUUACAUUCUCUUUUCUCUCCUGGAAGCAGUCAGCACACAAGAAUCCUGACGUGGAGUCUGGGACUCUAGGACAUUCCAGCUUGUGAUCCAGCACGGUUAAUUGUGAAAAGUGUAUACAUUUCUGGCUUAUCUAUGCUUUGUUAUGGGUCUGACGUGAGCCCACGUCCUCCUUCCCCUCCCCCAAUAUUACAGACAGAAUUUCAACUACAGAGUGACAGUAUUACGGUGCUGGAAACCUUGAUAUGCAGAGCAAAAAACAAACUUAGCCAUUGACUGUAGAAAGACAAUUAAAUAGAAGAGGAAAACCAAGAGAAACUCGAAAAUCAGGAUGCCUUGAGACAAAUACAGCAUCUGGCUGAGGAUUGUGUGUGUGGCUUUUUUUUUCUUUCUUUCUGCAAAUGCUGGGAAUAAUUUAAUUCACGAAAUGGGAGACUUGAAGUCGGGUUUUGAAGAGGUGGAUGGCGUGAGGCUCGGCUACCUCAUCAUUAAAGGAAAGCAAAUGUUUGCACUCUCUCAGGUUUUUACAGACCUGCUCAAAAACAUCCCGAGAACUACAGUGCACAAGCGAAUGGAUCAUUUAAAAGUAAAAAAGCAUCACUGCGACCUGGAGGAGUUGAGGAAACUCAAAGCCAUCAACUCCAUCGCUUUCCAUGCAGCCAAAUGCACACUGAUAUCCAGAGAGGACGUGGAAGCUCUUUACACUUCUUGCAAAACGGAACGAGUCCUUAAGACAAAAAGGAGGAAAAUAAGCCGGGCAUUGUCAACAAAGGAUCUCCAACCGGAGCACACAUCCCCCGACCCCUACUCCAGCUUUUGGAAAGAGAACAAACUUUGGCUGGGUUUGAAUGAAUCGGCUCAGCCUCUGCCAGUUAGAAGAAAAGCUUUGCGUCCCGGGGACACAGGCUUGCUACCGGCCUCUGAUCUACCUCACAUUUUGAGUAAAUACACUGGUCACAGCUACCCAGACAUCGCUCGGUCGCCUUGCAAACCCCCUUUACACUAUGAAACUGCCCCGAUCGUGGGCAACUAUGUCACCUUUCACUCGGAUCCCCCUUACUUUCGGAGCGUCCUUUGCAGCAAGCACCCGGCGGCGGCGGCGGCUGCUUAUUAUUACCAGUCCGCCGCCGCCAUCGCUCAGACCAAGCUAGCGGCGGCGGCAGCUGCCGGGAGCCCCGUGGGUUUGACUUACAGAUACAAAAGGAAAAGACCUUGUGAGGCCGCCCAAAAGGACUGUGUAUUAAACACCCCCAGCAGCGCCAGGCGGCUCCUGAUCGUGCCCAGGCCCUGCAAGCCCAAAGGAGCUGCAGCAGGCACGGCCGCUUGCCUGGAGAGAUUUCACCUCGUCAAUGGCUUUUGCACUUCUCCGCAGCAGCCGCAGCAACAGCAUCUGGGCAGCUUCCCCGAGAGCUGCAGCAGCGACUCGGAGUCCAGCUCUUACUCCGACCAUGUGGCCAACGACUCGGACUUCGGAUCCAGCCUCUCCAGCACCAGCAACUCCGUGUCCUCGGAGGAGGAGGAGGAGGAAGAGGAGGAGGAGGAAGACGACGAGGAGGAAGGCAGCGGCGUCUCGGACUCCAGCGAGGUCAGCUCCGAGGAGGAGGAUACGACCUCCGACUCCGACUCCAGCUCGGUUUCCAGCCAGGUCUCGGUGCAAAGCAUCCGCUUCAGGCGAACCAGUUUCUGCAACCCCCCCAGCGUGGCCCAGGCCAACUUCUUGUAUCAUUUGGCCGCGGCCGCCCCCACCAAAUCGCCAGCUUUCGAGGAGGCAGGCAGGCUUCCCCACCUCCAAAGUGCUCAGUGUGGUGUCAAAUCGGAAUUGCCAGAGGAAUGGAGUCAUCAAAGCUGGGCAUCCCAGGCACCUCCAGUGUGCUGCUCCAGCAGCCUUGGAAGUUGUUUUGCUGAGAUAAGGGACGAUAGGGUAUCCGAGAUCACAUUCCCACACCCUGAAUUUUCCAAUAAUGUAAAGAGUACUGACCUAACAAUUAACUGUGCUGCAAAGGGGGCCUCUUCACCUAGCCCAAAGACAAACAAUGCAUUUCCACAACAAAGAAUACUCAGAGAGGCAAGGAAAUGCCUUCAAGCACCAACUACACACUGUGCAGAUAACAAUACAAUAGCUGCUAGAUUCUUAAAUAAUGAAUCUUCACCAACAGCAGCAAUUUCAGAAGAAGAUUCCAAAAUCCCUCAUUGUAUUGAAUUUGCCACGGAUUUACCCUCUUUGCAAACCGAUCGUGCUUCUACAACAGCAGCAGCUGAGCUUGAGUGCACUGAUCCAGGCAAUGAGGCAUUGCCAUUCCUGCACAAUAUUAAAAUCAAAAUAGAGGACAGCAGUACGAAUGAAGAAUAUGAACCUGACCUUUCAAAACAUAAGCUAAAGUGUGAGUGCAAUGAUACUAAGGAUGAGUUUAACGGUGUGACUGAGAGUAAUAACCCGGACGUUUUAUUAACAGCCCAGGAAGAUUCUGCAUGCACUGAGAAAGAAACCACUUCCUUAAACACGCUGACUCAGAGUCAGGUCCUUUCAUGCACUUUAGGUACUCCAAAACCUGAGGAUGGGGAGUAUAAAUUUGGAGCGAGGGUGAGAAAAAAUUACAGGACAUUGGUUUUGGGAAAGCGACCUGUACUGCAGACUCCUCCAGUCAAACCAAAUUUGAAAUCAGCUAGAAGCCCACGUCCUACAGGUAAAAUUGAGACACAUGAAGGAACACUGGAUGAUUUUACAGUUACCAAUAGACGCAAAAGGGUAGCCAGCAAUGUAGCAUCAGCAGUGAAAAGGCCGUUUAAUUUCAUGGCAAAUUUUCCCUGUCCACCGUCACUAAUUAUUGGCAAUGAUGGGGAUUUGUUGCCAGCUUAUUCCUUAAACACCACUAAGGAUUCCCAACCACCUCACAAGGCCCAUCCUGUAUGGAGAUGGCAGUUGGGCGGUUCUGCAAUACCUCUUCCACCUAGCCACAAAUUCAGGAAAUUUAAUUAAUAAAAUAGUUUGGAAAAUACUUUCUUGAACCACCUUUACCUUUCUUUUGUUUUAAACUCCACAGGAUGGUUUGUACAAGCUCCUUAAUGCUUUACACACUUUUGGAGUCCUGUUUUAUCACAUUGUGAAGAUAGAAAUCGGAUUACUAUUUUCUUUUCCAUUGCAGUUUUUAUUUGCUUGUUUGUUUGUCUGGGUAAUUUUUACAUUCCACAGAGUACUUCAGGCUAAAGACUCAACUUAAACUCAGUGAUUAUGGUAGAGCUGGAACACUUUACUGUUUAAAUGCUAAUAAUGCACCGGUACCUCAAUUCAACUGCUACAAAUAAAUGUCAAAAGGUUGAAUAAUAAAUAUUAGAAUGAGCCAUUAAAUUUAUGCACUAGAUUUCGAAAAUGGAAGUCUAACUGUUAAUUCAGUUAAAGUUUGUUAAGUUACUUGGUUGCACAGUAAGGGUUCACGAUAAUUCAAUGUGGCAGCAGUCUCUAUUUUUCGGGAGCUUUGUUUUCCAAAGUAGGGGGCGGCUCUUUUUCCAAGAGCAGUUGCAUUUACUAAUUUUUCUAUGGUUUGGAAAGGUUGGGGUUUGAGUACAGCUGGAGCACUGGAAAAGCUGUCUCAUCUCAAAACUAGUAAAUAAAUAUGGAAUUCUGUUUUUGGCAAAGGGUGUCUUUUUACUUGUACAGUAACUCUUUGCAAUUGGAAAGACUUUUUGUUUCACCCAAAAGUCUUAAAUAAGAUUACUGUUACCCACUAAUGUCAUACUUCAAUUUUGGUCUGAACAUGCCCCUUACUAACUUGCAAAGCAACUAAAAUAUUUGCCUGUAUAGCAGUACAAUUUAUGGUCUAACCUCUCACACCCGAUGGAGGAAAUAGCAAAGCGGUAAAUGCAACACAGAAAGUGAAACGUGAGGCCAUAAGUGGAAAGAAUACACAAAAUGAGAAUAUCAUGUUAUUCAGAGCUUUUUAGCACCAAAACUCAGGCAUUUUAACCUUAGUACACUUCACUGUUUUAUCCGAAUCUCUUGAAACUUGAGUUUUGCAAUACCAUCCUAUCUAUGUAGCAGGAGCAUUUCUACUGCACGUGACAAUCAGAGGCAAUUAUCUAUAUUUGCACUUAAUAUCGAAAUAGUUUAACAGGUAGACUUCUAGAGUCUAGCCCUCGGUAAGACAUGCUGGUGUAAUAUGUUGUGAUGAUGGAAGCAGUAAAUCAAAAUUAUGAAAAUUUGCACUGUUGAAAAGCAUGCUUUAGCUUUAUUUUCAAUUAAAAACACUGUUUAAAAAUU